AUGCGCAAGUACUACGUGCAGUUUGACUGGGGUCAGAAGCGUCUUGGCUUUGCAACUGCCACCCAGGCUGUGCAGAUGCCGGCGGCCCCUGUGCACGUGCCACUUUCCAAGCGGGAGCUGAGCUUUGAGGAGACCGUGGAGGCUGUGAACAAGGGCAUGCAGAAGUGGGAGGCGCGCUUGGGCAAGGACGACCCGGUGGUCAUCGAUGACUACAUGAACGCCCAGUACUAUGGCGAGAUCGGUGUGGGCACGCCGGCCCAGAAGGAGAUGGUGAUCUUUGACACUGGCUCUUCCAAUUUGUGGGUGCCGAACACGCGGCCCUUCCUGACGAGCCACAACAUCUAUGAUCAUUCCAAGUCGUCCACCUACAAGAAGAAUGGCACCACCUUCGCCAUCCAAUAUGGCUCCGGGCCGGUGUCCGGCGUGUUCUCCGCAGACACCGUGACCAUCGGCGACCUGCAGCUGAAGGACUACACUUUCGCAGAGGUGGACAAGACUUCUGGUCUGGGCCUGGGCUACCGGCUGGGCAAGUUCGACGGCAUUCUGGGCCUGGGUUGGGACUCCAUCUCGGUGGGUGGCGUGCCUACGCCCAUGAACGCCUUGGUCAAGUCCGGCCAGCUGCCGGAACCCGUGUUUGCCUUCUACCUGGGCAACAACCAGCCAGGCGAGCUGGUCUUUGGCGGCGUCGACCCCAAGCACUACACGGGCGACUUCUCCUUCGUGCCUCUCAGCUCGGAGUCUUACUGGGAGAUCAAGUUGGAUGGAGUCAAGCUGGGGUCUGACUCCGUUUCCAGCACCAAGAGCGCCAUUGUGGACUCUGGCACCUCUCUUUUGGCGGGCCCCAAGUCGGAGAUCGCGGCCAUUGCGACCAAGCUGGGGGCGAAGUCCAUCCUGGGCAAGGACGGUACGUGGUGGACUGCAGUGCCAAGCUGCCUGAUCUCACCUUCACCCUGGGCGGCAAGGACUUUACCCUGA